AUGUCAAAAUAUCGUGCAGAAGCGGAAGCUAUUAAACGCAAUCUAACAUGUUUGCAACUCACGACAGCUACCCAGAAUAACCUAAUCAAGUCAAUAACUGCAUCAGACAUUUCUACUCACAAUUCAUCAUUUAACAGCUUAAAAAAUGCAAAUAAUGGCACAGAUUAUUUAAUUUCACCAAAUAAUUAUUUAGAAAAUCCAUUUCUGGCAUUGGACACUAGCACAUUGCUGAUUAACAAACUAUUUAUUACCAUAGGAGAUGCAGUCAAAUCAAUAUUUAACUUGGAAAGACUUCUUAAUAAACUGGAAUCCACUAAUCUAACAUCAGAUAAUGAAUUAAUACAUUCUCAAAUAGUAUCAACUUUGAAUUACAUUGUUUCUGUGCUUCGACAAGAUUUUACACUAAAAAUAUCGCUAGCCAAAGCACUAAAAAUCGCACACGAUGUUGAUGAGCUACAGCGGAUUAGAUUUUUGUGGCUAGAUUCCCCUGUAUCUGAGUAUAGCUCUGGUACCAAAAGUUUGUACACUAGUAGACUGGACUUAUUAAAGGCCCUGCUAAACAAUUAA